UCAGCUCCUUCUGACGGCGCUGCUGCCUCUACUAGCCUCCGUUCCUCCUGACGUGUACUACAACUCGGAGCAUGGCGCUCGCCAGCGGUUUUCCUUGCGCCGUGCUCUUCGUAGCUUUUCUAUGUGAAAUUAACUUCGUUGGAGCGCCAAGUCCGCCGACACACAUCUUAUGCGUUGACAAAGACUGCCAAGGAAAACUAGGCGAAGGAGUCACUUUACAGGCCUAUGCGCCCAUCGUAGAAGAGUUCAUCAAUUUCGGCAAGAAUGAGAAGGUCACAGUCUUCGGUAGGACAGAGAAAAGCGAUGUCCUGCAUGUUCAGGUUGGAAACAAGCGUGGCUAUGCACCAGAAAAUGUUAUCAAGAUUGAAAAGAUGUUUGUUGCAAAAGAGAAACUUGUUGAAGUUGAGGUCCUGCCCAUCCAGCCUUCCAAGGCAGUUUCAGAGGAAGCAACACAAGCCACAGAACUGCCCACAGAGCCUGUGCCCACAGAAGCAACCCCAAGCCCAGCAGUUGUGAGGAAGUGCAAGAUACACGGCACUGUUAUGAGUGGUUCCAUAUGCGAUGAUGAGGAAGCCACUGAUGUGAUCGACGAGAUUGAUCCCGUGACCCAGCUAGAGAGCAGUGUCGAUAAUGUAGCAACAUCUUCACUUGACAGCUGGUCAUCCUCAUUUAAGACGGAUGUAAAGCUAGAUUUGUCACUUGAAACAGACAGUAAUAAAGCUUCCGAAGAACCUGUGACAGCCAGUUUAGCAGAGCUACCGGUUUUGAACAACACACAAGUUGACGAUGCAGAUCCUGAAAAAGAAAAGGCAGCCUCUAGUGAGCAGCCAUUGAGUAUGUCAUUGGAGACGGUGAAAGAUGAACCUGAUGAAGUAUCUGUUGAGGAAGAAGGCGAAGAUGAGCAAGAUGGUGCAGAAGAAAAGCCAAUCCCUGGUGAAGUUGAUGAGGAAGCAGAUGAAUCACUUUCCGAUGAGAACCACGCAGGAGAAAAUGACACGGCACCUAUUAGAGCAGCUUCGUCCCCAUCACCUUCUGAAAUGGGCCUCAGUGCAAGUUUUUCAGAUACGGCUGUGUUGUCUGACCUGGCUACACCGUCACUGCCAGUUCAGCAGCUUGACUCUGCUACCACUGAUCAACUUCUCUCCUCAACAGCUCUUCCUCAACAGUCGUCCACACCAGCGAGUGAAGCUUCACUACCUUCGGAAACGGACCUGAGUGCAAGCUUAGUUUACGAAUCUGCAGUAGUAGCCAGCUCGGAUGUGCCUUCAGAUGAUCCUCAACAGUCUAGCUUGCUGACAACUUCGCAGGACGUUUAUUCAUCACAGUUGCAUGAGCAGCCUUCUUCGUUGGCAGCUUCAAAUUCACUGUAUGUGGAAACGGGGCUUGGCACGAGUUCCGUUGAAGAACCUGCUGUGACUCCGAGCUCAAUUACUCCACUAUCGGACCAGCUGCACACAAAACCAGCUACAUCUGAAGAAGUGGGUACCUCUUCAUCACUUCUGUCAGAGCAGUUUUCUCCCUUUACUGCUGCAUCAUCCACUCCUCAGGAGACAGAGCCUGUUCAAAGCUCUACCCAAAAACUUAGUUCAUCAGAUGCAACUGUGCCAUUGGGAGAACUGCAUCUGACGGAGCAGACUUCCUCUGGCAACGAUCCCUCAACAGUAUUGUCUUCCGAAUCCAAAGAAACCUCUAUUUAUGCAUUUCCAGCUUCGCAAUCUGUAGAGACUGGUCUGAGUUCAAGCUCUGUUGUUGAACCUGCACCAUCAGAAUUGCCCGUGCCAUCACAGGAACAGCAGAUGCAGGAUUCUUCAUCGACCGAGACCUUUUUAUCACAACUGUCACCACCGUCUGAACACAUUAGUUUUGGAACAACAGCAUUGCCUCUUUCAAAUGAAGGCUUAGAGGGGAGCUCAUUUGUUGAACCUGUGGAGUCCAUCCGGGCUACAGCGUCCCUGGAGCAGCAUCGUGUUGACCUGACUACCCCUGAAGACCUUCUUACGACAACUCCGUUGACUCCAGAGCCCGAGCAGUCAUCCGCAGAAAGUCUGGCUUUCCUGAUGUCUUCAGCUUCGCCCCCAUCAGAACUUACCGUUGAGGUGGAGCUGGGAUCCACUGUGUCUUCAGAAGCAGAGAGCAUGCCUCCGGAACCCACAGCUGAGGCUCUGGUGUCUCCCUCCUUGCUGCCGGCAGAUGGCCUGGCCACAUCACCAGUGCCAGCCAAGACGGAGCCGAGCCAAGAGCAGUCAAGUGGCGGUGCCUUGGACUGGGGCGUGAUCGAGGAGUACGUCUGGCAGAUGCUAGCUCUGUUCCCCGAGCCUUUGCGGGCAGCCCUGGUCAGGCCUGUGUUGCCAUCCUCAUCGCCUCUGCUGCUGGCCUGCUGUGCCCUGCUGGUUACUAGCCUGGCGAUCACCCUGCGUGCUGCUUGGCUGCAUCAUCGAAAAGCAUCGUCGCUUGCAGGCAACAUGUCCAUACUGGAGCAGCGGCUUUUCACUCUGGAGACCGAGCGGCAGGUACUGUCGGAGCAACUGGCACAGGCCAAGGCACAAGCUGAUCGUGGAGGUCGUACCCUGUCCCAACAUGAGCGUGAGCUCGACACGCUCCGCGAGGAAGUCCAGAACCAGGAGGAAGAGUUGCGGCAGCUUCGCACUCGCCUGGCUGAGCAGACGCAGAAGCUGGAGGCCAACCAAGUUGCCCUGGCCGUGGCUCAGAAGACGCUAUUGGAGAAGGAGGCUGAAGCCAGUGAGCGGAGCGCUGCGUUGGCCUCCUUGGAGCGGCAGCUAAGUGAGGCAUGUGCGGAGCGGGACCUUUGGCGAGAGCAGGCUACCGAGAGCCAGGCUCAGGAGCGGUCGCUGCAGCAGAGCCUCUCGGAUGCCACGGACACCAGCGACCGGCUCUGGAGUGAGCUGGAAGCGCUCAAGCACAAACAAGAGGCCCUGUGCGAGGAGGUGAGCACCAGCAACCAGGAGGCAGCUGAAAUGGCCGAGCAGCUGCAGCAGAAAGAUGCACGCAUCCAGAUGCUGGAAUCAUCCCUGGCACAACUGGAGGUACUCCAGAAGCACCGGACUGCCUCACAAGGCGAGGACGAGGCCGAGACUGACACUGACGAGGAAGGAGCGAUGAAGGCUCGGCUGCAGGAGCUGCUGGACGCUGCACAGGCACGCCAUGAGCGUGACCAGGUCGAGGAGCAGCGGCGGCAGCUGCAGGUACAGCUCGAUGAACUGCAGGAACAGUUGCAUACGCAACAAGUGCGUGUGGAGUCCCUGGAGAAAGAGCUGGAGAAGAGCGCUGCAGCGAAGGCAGAGGCCGAGCGACACAGCGCAGAUGCCCAGACCAAGCUGGACGUGCUCUCCAACUACUUCAAGGACCGCGAGCUGCAGCUGCAGAAGGAAGUGGGGACGCAGGAGGUGGAGCGACGACAACGAGAGACAGAAGCCAGUACUGCCACUCAGCAGCUUACACAGCUAGAGAAGCAAUGCCAGUCUUACAGGUCUCAGCUGUCGUCGCUGCGGCAGGAGAUGGAGCUCUCCGAGCGCAACUACAAGAACCAGGUGGCAGACCAGGAGAAGCGGGCACACGAGAACUGGCUGGCUGCUCGGGCCGCGGAGCGCAAGCUUGAAGAGGCCAACCGGGAUAGGACAGCCCUGCGCCAGAGGUUAACCCUGCUGGAGCGGGAGAUGCACCAGCAGCCGCCGCCGCUACCGCCGGGCGAUCUGUUCCCGCCGCGGCUUCCGCUCCUAACCAAGGACGAGGCGCCGCUGCUGGACGGCCCCCCGCACCUGCCUCCCCUGGACAUGAUGCCACCACCGCCGUUCCCACCAUUCCCGCCGCCACCACCCCCCGAGCUGCUCAAGCACAUGCGCGCGACGGGUGGCAGCCCACACUUCUUUGACCUGGCGCCGCCCCCGCCGCCGUUCGUGCCGCGACAAGGCCGCUCCAGCCAGGCCUCUGUUAGCUCCUCUGCCUCGGACAGCAGAGGUCGGCCACUCAAAUCUAGUCCCCAACCGUUUUCAGCAGACAGUCGACGAAACGGCACUGGCGGUCGCAACACACCGCUAUGAUACCCUUGACCUUAGGAGAGGAUUGCAAAUGGGUAGCGGUUUCAAUCAUCUGCUACCCCCCAGCCCCAGGGAGUUUUCAAAGGACUCGCUAGGAGAGCCGGCCCCGAACCCUUCUCCAUGAUGUUACCAGUAAUGCUGGGGCUGACCCAACCAAGCAUCAUCGUACCGUGCCCCGCAGCUACUGCCGAGGGCUUGCAGCGCAGAGCAAAUACACUGCGGUUUUCAUCCUGGCACCUGCGUCUGCUGGGCGAUCGCAGAGACGUGUGUAAAUAAAAAUGAUGGAUCCUG